CACGUCUUCGUCUCCUCCAUACCUGUCGUUUACCCCUAAAUCAAUUGUACAGUUGAAUUUCUCGUGUGUGUUGCUUUUACCUGGAUAGUAAUGGGGGUUGACUUCACCUGCAAAGUGUAGCUGGUCCAAGCAUGGCAGGAUUGCACUAGAUUGCAGUUUAUGACUUAGAAAUGCUGAUUUGACAAUAACUCUGGUUGCAAUUUAUCCAGUUACCGGUUUGUGAGGAUUUGCUGCCAAUUAUAAACUUCAUUUGAUAUACCUCGAGCACUAGAAUUUCUUAGAGAUCAUUUUCAAUGUUAAGUAUUUGGUGACAACUUUAUUUAGAGACCAGAAUUGUCUAUCGAUUGGGAGAUCCAUUUAUAGAUCGACUUGAAGAAAAUUGAAAAGUUCUGCGUCAAUGUUGAAUUUAUUUAGCCCCAGGAAGCUACCAUGGAUAUCUGGUUCAGAUGGUGAGAAAAAGGUAGUUUUAACUGCUGUAGAAGUAGAAUCUCUUCGGUCAGAAAUUGCUUCUUUGGAGGAAAGAGAAGCUCAUUUAAAAGCUCAAUUAGAACAUAUUGAUGAAAUACUGCAGUCUGCUCGCAUGUCGGGUUAUUUGUAUGUGAGAACGAGAUGGGAGGCUUUACCAGGAGAACCUCUUCCACUCGAUGAUGACACUGAAGUUGAUGACUGGAUUCCUAGAUUUCUUGUCCUUCAGGGAUCGUGUAUCUACUUGUAUUCAUCAUCCAUUGACCUGAGCCCUCAAGAUUCAACUCUCCUAUCUGAUGUUGUUGAAGUUGGAGCCAUGCCUUGCCUGAUGCGAGACGGUGGUGAUACUAGAUAUUGCUUUUUCAUCUCAACUCGCCAUGGGCUGCGAUAUGAAUGCUCUAGUGCUUCCAAAAUACAGGUUGAUUCCUGGUUGGGGUCAUUACAGAAUCAUAGUGACCAGCAAUCUAACGGCACCGCGCCUGAUGAGUUAACCAAGACUUAGACAUGUUCCUUCAGUCGGUAUUCGAUAGCAACAACCUGUAAAUAGGCCAGAAACUGAAGCUAAGAUGGCAUCAUCAUUCGUUUGAUUGCCAUUUGCUGCACUUAUCCAUUGUUCUGUCCAUAGCUUAUUUAAACUGCCAUUCUCAAGUUACUACUUUAUAUAAAUAAAAUUUGUUCACCAGUUCAAAGAUUUCCA